GUAUGACUUCAAAGUUUUAUUUUACUGUAAAAUAAUCACUUGUUAUAACUAUCGUUAAUUGUAUCAUUAGUAUAUUUUCGCUAUUAAAAUAAAUUUUUAAUUUAAUUAUCAAAUGGGCAACAUGUUUUUAUUGAGUAUUGCAAUAAUAUUAACUAUUGACCAAAUUGGUGAAACAUCGGCAUUAUCACUUUGCCUAUUUAAAUAUGGAUACAAUUGCUAUACUAUGGACAUAAAUGACCAACAAGACUCGCAACUCAGCACCCUAUUGUCGGAAAUGGACAAACUCGAAAACUACCUAGUACCUAUAGGAUUUAUAUACACCCAAUUCCCCAAUCAAACUGAGCCUAGUAAUUUGUGGCCUAUGUACGCGUGGGAGGAUAUUACCGGGCAAUAUGCCGGUACAUUUUUCCGGGCGGAGGGCGAUGCUAGCUUACCAUUUAAUGGCGGCAUUCAGGCUGAAGAUUCACCAAGAUUGGUUUACAUCAAACGGCAUACGUUGUUUGAUCGGACCCUGUACGAUUCACCACAAUGGCCGGCAAAUGUGAUGCCAGAAAUACCCAUUGACGCCGGUGCAUGGUCCAUGGCAAUUUACACUGGUGAUAGCACUAUGGAUUCGGCUAGGACAUUUGAGUUUUUUAAUGUCUUGGUUAAUGAUGUGGAGGUUACGCCCCGGAAUCAGGCGAUUCGUAUUUGGACCCGCGUCAAAUAAGUAUAUUGAUAUGGGUGUUACCUAAAUUACCUGGAAUCAAUGUAAAAAAGUUAAUAACUUAUAAUUUUAAUUUAUAUGAUGC